AUGGGACCAGUUUCAACGUCUCCCACAAAGACACGGUCCAGUCAAAAGCGGUUUGAGAGGGCAAAAGGAAGAACGGAAAAGAGGAAGCGUAGUGAAGCGGCGGCUGCACUACUCAGUCUGCAGAAGCAGGAUACGCCGGUGACUGAUGAGGUGACUACUUCAGACACUGGUGAGGCAAAUGACAGUGAGACGGAUGUCGCUACUGCAUCAUCGGAACAGUCAACAGAUCCUCAACCAGACGACACGUUACUCAUGAAGCAAAUGAGGGAGGAGCUUCAGCGGCUGACGACGGAAACCAUGUUACUGAAGGAGAAACUGAAAGGAAUGGUUUUGACUCCGGACACGCUGAGGGGUAAUGACGCUAAAGUAAAGCAUUACACGGGUGUUACCUACGACAUUCUCAUGACCCUGUAUAGAUUUGUAGAGGCGAGUAUACCUCAUUCAGCAUCAAGUAGACUGACAAAAUUUGAAAAGCUGAUGAUGGUAUUGAUGAAGUUGCGACUAAACCUCAGCCAGCAGGACUUGGGCGACAGGUUCAAGGUUUCCACGAGUUGUGUCUCGAAUGUGUUCCUGGGUGUGGUGCAUGUCCUGUUCAUCAGAAUGAGGGGCUUCAUUCUCUGGCCAGACCGAGAGGACCUCCAGAUGUCCAUGCCGAUGGAGUUUAGGAAGAACUUCGCAUGUCUCACCUCCUGCACCCAACCACACACCAGGUAA